CAGCGUUUGUUAUCGAACCACCAAAACACCUCGUCAUCCCCUUCUACACCUUUUCACCUCUUAGCUUUCCCUCUCUCUUAACAUUCUUUAACCAUGUGCGGCAUUUUCGGCUACAUUAACUACCUCGUCGAGAGGGACCGCAAGUACAUUCUUGACACUCUUCUCAACGGACUCUCCCGCCUUGAAUAUCGAGGCUACGACUCUGCGGGUCUCGCCAUAGAUGGUGAUAAGAAGAAUGAAGUCUGUGCUUUCAAGGAAGUGGGAAAAGUUGCUAAGCUUAGGGAGCUCAUUGAUGAGUGCAAGCCCGACUUGACCAAGUCUUUUGAAUCUCAUGCUGGUAUUUCUCACACGCGUUGGGCCACUCAUGGGACACCUUCCCGCUUGAACUGCCACCCACACAGGUCCGAUCUAAACUGGGAAUUUUCAGUUGUUCACAAUGGUAUCAUUACUAAUUACAAAGAACUAAAGGCUCUGUUGGAGAGCAAAGGGUUCCGCUUCGAGACGGACACAGACACCGAAUGUAUUGCAAAGCUCACGAAAUAUCUUUAUGAUCAACAGCCCGAUAUCGAAUUUACAGUCUUGGCUAAGGCUGUUGUGAAGGAGCUUGAGGGCGCCUUUGGGCUUCUCAUCAAAUCCGUACAUUAUCCCCACGAGGUCAUUGCGGCUCGCAAAGGGUCCCCGCUUGUCAUUGGCGUGAGAACGUCGAAGAAAAUGAAAGUGGAUUUCGUGGACGUUGAAUACUCAGAAGAUGGAGCUCUUCCUGCAGAGCAGGCUUCCCAGAACGUAGCCAUCAAGAAGUCUGCGACUGGCCUCCUCGCCCCACCUGACAAAUCCCUUUUGCAUAGGUCACAGUCUCGUGCUUUCCUUUCCGAUGACGGCGUCCCCCAGCCUGCUGAAUUUUUCUUGUCUUCUGAUCCAUCUGCAAUUGUUGAGCAUACGAAGAAGGUUCUCUAUCUUGAAGACGAUGAUAUCGCUCAUGUGCAUGAAGGGCAAUUGAACAUUCAUCGCCUCACCAAAGAUGAUGGUACUUCUAACGUUCGCGCUAUUCAGACGAUUGAACUCGAACUGCAGGAGAUUAUGAAGGGCAAGUUCGACCACUUCAUGCAAAAGGAAAUCUUUGAACAACCCGAGUCUGUGAUCAAUACCAUGAGAGGACGAUUGGAUGUUGCAAACAAGCAAGUUACACUUGGUGGCCUGCGGCAGUACAUUUCCACUAUCCGCCGCUGCAGAAGAAUCAUCUUUGUUGCCUGUGGAACUAGCUACCAUUCAUGCAUGGCUGUGCGUGGAGUCUUCGAAGAGCUCACUGAGAUUCCUAUUUCUGUUGAACUUGCUUCCGACUUCCUAGAUAGGCAGGCACCGGUAUUCCGGGAUGACACGUGUGUUUUCGUUUCUCAGUCUGGCGAGACCGCCGACUCUCUCAUGGCCUUGCGCUACUGUCUCGAACGCGGAGCAUUGACAGUUGGUAUUGUUAAUGUUGUAGGGUCCUCCAUCUCACUACUCACUCACUGCGGUGUGCACAUCAACGCUGGACCUGAAAUUGGUGUAGCUUCCACCAAGGCCUACACGUCCCAGUUUGUUGCUAUGGUCAUGUUCGCUUUGUCUCUUAGUGAAGAUAGGGCCUCUAAGCAGAAGAGGCGUGAGGAGAUUAUGGAGGGCCUUUCUAAGGUCUCUGAGCAAUUCAAAGAGAUAUUGAAACUCAACGAACCCAUUAAACAGCUUUGUGCAAACUUCAAGAAUCAGAAGAGUUUGCUUCUGCUGGGCAGGGGUGGUCAAUUCCCUACUGCUCUUGAAGGUGCACUUAAAAUCAAGGAGAUCUCGUAUCUCCAUUGCGAGGCUGUUAUGUCCGGCGAGUUGAAACAUGGUGUUCUUGCCCUUGUCGAUGAGAACUUGCCCAUCAUCAUGAUUCUCACGAGGGAUAACUUGUUCACCAAGUCGUUGAAUGCUUAUCAACAAGUUAUUGCUAGAGGUGGACGCCCUAUCGUGAUUUGCAAUUCCGGCGACCCGGAAUUCUCUUCGGCUCAAACCGUGAAGAUCGAAGUUCCGAAGACUGUCGAUUGCCUGCAGGGUCUCCUGAAUGUCAUCCCCUUGCAGCUGAUCGCUUACUGGUUGGCUGUGUCUGAGGGUCUUAAUGUCGAUUUCCCUCGCAACCUUGCGAAGUCAGUCACUGUUGAGUAAAUUUUCGCUAUUGACACAGCGAAGUUUGGCCUAUGGAAUUUGCAGAGUCCUAUGGAGCAUCCUUGCUACCUUUCGGAUGAGUUUACCUC